CAGGAUAUAUACACCACGGGCUGUGUAACUUUUUUACUCUCCUUCCUUGCCCUUCAGUGCUCCGGUGCUCUGAGACUCUGCAUCCCUCAGCAAUGAAGACCCUGGGCAUCACUGCACUUCUGGUACUGCUGGCAGGGGCCUGGGCCCAGGUUGCUUUUAGGGAGCCUAUUUGCGACUCUCCUGAGGCCGAGGAAGCUGCUUUGGCUGCCAGAGAUUACCUCAAUGGUCAGCACACUCACGGCUACAAGUACGAACUGAACAGAAUUGAGGAUAUAAAGGUUUACCCUGGGAUGAACGGCAACGAGAUAUAUGUCAUAGAAGUUGACCUGCUGGAGACAAACUGUCAUGUGCUGGACCCCACGCCUCUGGCCAACUGCACAGUCAGACCCAAACAUUUGACGGCAGUGGAAGGAGAUUGUGACGUGGUGCUGAACAAAGUUGGUGGAGCUCUGAGUGUCAGCGCAUUCAAGUGUAAAACAGAGGAAUCCACAGAGGACCUGUGCCUGGGCUGUAUAAGCCUCCUUCCCCUGAACAACACUGAAGGCCUGGACUUUGUGCACGCGACCCUGGCGGCCUUGAAUAACAACUCGGUGGAUACGUCUUACACCAUUCUGGAGGUUGGACGCAUGUCCUCACAGGUCGUGUCUGGUGGGCCAGUGUUUCAGGCAGAGUAUGUCAUUAUUGAAGCCAACUGUACUGAUGGCGUUUGCGUGCCACUGAACGACCCCUUGGCCGUGAGUACAACUUUUUGUCUGUUUUCCCACCUCUCAAUGUUCACUCCAAACUCAGGUUUUUGUUAUUACAAAACGCACUCUAAAUUGGCUGAUGGUCAAGUGAUUUUUUCCCCCCCUCCCUCUGCAAAGGCUCGCGGUUUCUGCAUCGCCGAGGGCGUCAAGACCUCUCACGCAACGCGAUGCAAAAUGUUCCCCACUCAACUGAUGCCCGUCGUGGAUGCCAACGGCACCGUGACUCACGUGCCCGUCAAGCCGCCGGUGGUGCAGGUGCACACAGGGAGUUUGUCACGCAAGCACGGCCUGAGCCAUCACAAACUGACCUCUUUUCACAACCCUCUUCUGAGCGGUCACCUGUCCGCAGAAUCAACAGAGUCAUUAGAAGUUGUACCCCAAGCUGCGGUGGUCGCUGACACCGCAACAGGUGUCAGCGAACCAGUUCAACCUGACGAUUCCGCCGCAGACUCCUCCUCCAGUAGAGAGGUGCCUGUGGUUAUGUUCAAGAGAGAUGUCUCUAAUUUCUCUAUCGGUAUUGAAGGCCCUAUAAUUGAAACCGGUCCUGCCUUAUUCAGACCACGAUGCCCUGGAAUGAUCAGACACUUUGACUGAACAUGUCCACUGGUUCUAAAUUUGUCAAAGCAUGUGUUGCAUAGCUCAUCUUGAAAUAUUUAGGAAAUGUUUUCUGUAUUUCAUAUCCAAUAAAACUGCACACUUCUCUGCAGCCAAAAUACAUUACACUGUUCUUUACAUGGGAAAACAUCCUUAUACCUUUAUAUCAAUGGAAACUGGCACCAGUCUGCAUGUCAGCCAUGCCACAUCUCUAAGGGCGAUUUCAAAACUCACUGUUUGCUGAUCAUUGGUCACUCGGUGCCAAUGACACUGCCAUAAACCCGAUGACUUCUCCCCUCACGCAUCAAGAGUAAACAUUUGUGCAAUUAUCCAGGAUUUGUUCAGCAUGAAUCAAAACAACAUGACUCAACAUGACUCAACAUGAAAUUUCAUUUUUGAAUGCAGAUUUUACAUGGAUAAAUGGAACAUAAAUAUAAACAAAAAUUAUUUGAAGGAUUGUUUAAGUGCACACUCACUCAAAAGUGUAGAUUUGCAACUGGUCUUUAAUAUUUAGAACAAAGGUUUUGUGAAAGUAACUAUAAGGAUGAUUUGGCAACAUCUAGUGGUGACGUUUUACAUGUACAAACAAGAUGCCCUCAGGUGAUGAAUUAGAGUUGUUUGAUCAGGGCUAAAGGAAAUAAAAAGCUGUUUAUAUUU